AUGGGUGCGUCGUCGUCGGACGCGUGGGGAUUCGUCACGGCGAGUGAAUCGUCGUAUCCAAAGCUGGGUGAAGCGCUCGACACGUUCGAUGAACGGGCGGAGCCGUUGUUCUAUCGAGAGGGAGAGGUGUGGCGGAGCGUCGUUGGGAAGUCGUCGAGAUUCGGCGCGCUGUGGUUCGGUGUCUUGGGCCUCGCUCAAGCGUUGGUACGCGUUCUUAUCUCGCCUACGUGGCCAAACUUCUUCGAAGCAAUCGCCGAUGGAACGAUUCUGACGCUCAUCGUGGCUCCGGCGGGCGCGGCGGCGGCGACGUUCGUGUACGAGUGUUGGUGUUCGUUUCAGCUCAGACUACUGGCACCGUUUUUGCCUUACACUCUCAGUCCAUACUCUUCUAAGAACCCCAGCGCGAAGGUUCGAGAUGAACUCGUGCGCAAGGCGAUGAACUCUCGCCGCGUCCAUCGACGAUUUGCGCGAAUAAAAGCGGCGCGCACGUUCGCAUCCGAGGUGUGCGCACAGUUCGCUACGGCCGCAGUGGAGGCGCCUAGACGCGCGCUCGCAGUCGCGUUGGCGCUCAAGGCAUUUUCGAUCAUCAACGUAUCGACAAACACCGUGUUGGAUUCGCUGUUGUGCGCGACGCUCGUCCUCUCUUCUGUCACAGUAAACCUGUUGGAGCGACGCAGAGGUCCGCAGAGAAUGCUAAAGGAGAUGUGUUUCGUAGAGGAAGAAUAUCUGAAAGCUCAGACGAAAGGAACCUUCUUAUGUCGUUGGGCGUUUGAUCCGUACGAAGACCCGGCGGGAUUAAAUUUGACCUCGGAACACAAGCGAUUGACCAACGCGGCAGUGGCGGAUGCCUUAGCCGCGUCGUGUGAUGCGAGUGGGAUUACGCCUGAGACUUCCAUGGCGCUCGUCUUGGAUGCUGCUGACGGUAGAACGAGCAAGGAGCUCAUGUCGGUUGGCAUACCGAAGACGUCCAUUUGGGUGCCAAAUCUCUACACGCACGUGGUGCACGCUCUGCGCAAACGCGUAGGAGUGAACGCCGUGGCGACCAAAGUCGAGGCGUUUCUCGCGGCUCGGGAUCCCAGAGCGACGCAGCUUCAAUUGAUUUACCUCGAUCAUUGUGGUGCGGUAGAUAAUAGAACACAGCAGAUUUUUGACGUCUUCUCUAGGCACGCCAUCGCCGACGGAGGCGUCAUAGCCGUCACGUUUAGCACACGGGGUAAGCGGAGCGGCAACAGCAAAGCAACGUCGGUUCAAUUAGCGGCGAAGGCUUUAGUCGAAGCCGCGGAAGUGCAUGGAUACACUCUCGAGGGCGACGCGGCGCCGAACGUGGCGGGUCUAGUGGACUACACCGUCGCCGUGAGACCAGAACUUGGUGGCGACGCGCAAAGGAGUUCUGAGUACGCGAAAGUUGCAGACGCGCUUCGGAAAAGCGCCAACGCCAUCGAGGCUUCGUUGGUCGCUGAUAAUGACGGCAUGAUCGCUUCAUCUCUUGCGCUGUGGUUGAAGGACUCUGAACCAAAGGACGAGUCCGAUGAAGCGCUCGAGACGGGCAAAGAUAGGCGGCGGCGUCGGCUAACGAAAGAUUUAUCCGGACGAGUGCUGAAGCGUCUCGCCGCGGGAGAGAAAACGUUACAAGCCGAUGGGCGAGCCAUGCGUUCGCUCGCUCGUGAAGUGGUUGUUUCAGCGCGUGCGGCGGCUGAUUUGCGCGACCCACUGAAUGUGCAGUUCGUCGCCGACGUGUCGGCGGAGCGAACUUACUCGAAGUGUCUCUACUUGUACAAAACGUUGAUGUUUUUUGUCUUUCGCGUGCGCGUGGCGUCGUAG